AUGGAUUCCCCGUCAGAUCUCCGCUAUCUCCACACCCUGUCUGUCAAACCAAACAACUACACGACAGUAACCAGAGUAGCAAAGGAGAGUGCUCGUAAAAGUCCAAACCAAGAGCGCUUCAUCCUUAGAGAAUUAGAUGGGUCAAGGUCAAGCUUGACCAAUGUCAAUGAUGGAUUCAGGCUGCAACACAUCGUGACUGGUGGCCAGAUAAUAGACAACUACUACACACAAAUCAUCGAACACUUUUGUCACAGAAUGAUGGUUGUAUAUGCUUGUACUGAAGGCACAUGCAUCACUAUGAAAGGCCCAAUCGAACGUGAUGAGCCUCUUGAGGCAGGGGACGUUGGUCUACCCUAUUCUGGUGUGGAACUCAGAGUUGUUGACCGGCAAGAACUUCCAAUUGAGAGAGGAUGUAUAGGUAGGAUUCAGAUCCGCUCACCACAACAAAUGAAAGAAUAUGUUGGUUGUCCGCAGCUCACGAAGGCGGCUUUCACAGGAGACAGAUGGUUUAGAACAGGUGAUAUAGGUGAACUAUCAUCGAAUGGACAUCUCAUUCUACUUGGAAGAGAAACCGAUGCUAUAUCGAGAGGCACUCGAAAGAUAUACCCUGGUAUGUUGGAGUUCCUACUGAAAAAGAUGAAGUCGAUGAAAGACGUUUGCGUGUUACCUGUACCGGAUAAAAGGCUGUACGAAGAGAUAUAUGUGUGUUUUGUACCUUCCGGGCAAAUCACUCCUGAAGACGUACAACAGAACUGCAGGCAGAACCUAUUUACGGAGCAUACACUCGAUACCCUGGGGGAAAUGCCAAUGUAUUUUUUGCAGUUCAAAAUCUUUCCUAAAAUAGGUAACGGAAAAUCAGACAAAAAAGCUAUACGGGUAGAGGCUACUCAGAGGCUGGGAUUGGCAGUACGUGUCAGUGAUAACCAAUUCAAGUGUCGAGGAGAUGUUUAA